GUUGCAUGUUGCGCAGGACGCAACAUUCACUAAAGGACUAGAAAGAUAGUCUUGUCUGGGCGUUUUAGACCUUGGACGCGACUGGCUGAAAUGCACGGAACGGGACUAGCCACUGGCCACUCACUAUAGCCUCCUCUCCUCCCCUGAUGCCCCAUGCGCCAUCAGCACUGGUCCCUCCAAAGUUUGGGUCGCGCGAGGGGGCAAGGACUGGGGGAGAGGGGUUGAAACUCAACUAUAAAGUGUCCUCGAAUUCCCCUCCUGUGCUGACGGUUUCCCCUUUGUCUCUUCAUUCUUCAUCAACAGACUCAAGUUUCAGUCUUCUUCAUUCUAUACAACUAGAAAAACAUCCCUUUCAUCCUCAUCUCACUACUCAUCUUCACAAUGUCCGACCUCAAGCCCCUCCGCAUCGUCAUGGCCUGCGACGAAGCUGGCCAGCCCUACAAGGAGACCAUCAAAGCCAUCCUGGAGAAGAACCCCCUCGUGGAUUCUGUCCAGGACGUCGGUGUCAACUCGACCUCCGACAAGACCGCCUACCCUCACCCUGCUGUCGACGGCUCCAAACUCAUCGCCGAGGGCAAGGCUGACCGCGGUCUCUUCAUCUGCGGUACCGGUCUGGGUGUGGCCAUCGCCGCCAACAAGGUUCCCGGCAUCCGCGCCGUCACGGCCCACGACUCCUUCUCCGUGGAGCGCUCGAUCCUCUCCAACGACGCGCAGGUCCUCUGCAUGGGCCAGCGUGUCAUCGGCAUCGAGCUUGCGAAGAAGCUCGCCACGGAGUGGUUGACCUACCGUUUUGACCCCAAGAGCGCCUCCGCCUCCAAGGUCCAGGCCAUCUCCGACUACGAGGCCCAGUUCGCUGGCAAGGCCUAAGUCGUCCCUGUCGUCAAAAAGCCCACAACUAAAAACUCAAAUCAAAAGAGAGGGAGAAAAAAGAAACCAUGGUGCUGGGAUCCACCUCGAACCAACAUCACCUGCCUCCUUCAUCCAAAGGAUCCUUUUGUCUGGCGGUGAAUCUUGAUGAUCGACAUCUGUCUUCCGUCGGGAUCUCUAUUUUGGGCAUGUCCGGACGUUGGAUAUAUCGUUCUCCACAUUUUUUUUUUUUUCUUUUGCGUCAAACGAAUCUAUGAUACCACGAAGCGACGGGAUGAUUAUGCUUGGCCGGAUCUCCGUUCAAAUUCCUUCCUGAAUUGUAGUAUAGGAUGAGACCUAUAUCAAAUACAAACUAUUAUCUCGACUGAAAC